AUGCUGCUCAAGCAACACUCUACUGAUGUUGUGGCAAACGUGGAUGAGUCGUCAACCCCUCAAGCUCCAGCACUCGUCCAGAAGGACGGCUGGGAUUUCUUUCCCUACUACUUCUGUGCCGAAACUAGGCCGGAGACGAGGAAGAGAGGUGGGAGAGAGGAGGCUGGAACGCGGCUCUGCACCUUGCGGCAUCCGCAGCAGUCGCUGGAGGAGCAGCAGCAGGUAGAUGUCAUCCGGAGAGCUGAAGGCGACUACGUCUGUGUUCACUCCCUCUGCACUUUCAUCAAUGCAGGGGAAUCGACUUCGCUCGCCCUUCGAAACUUGUACAUGCAGGGGAUCAGCAACUUUGUCAGGGCCAUCCCUGGUUCUGUCGUGAGGCUGUCGGAGCUUCAUCUAUGCCUGAAAGCUCUGGUACGGGCCCUAGAUAGAAAUUUGCAAGACAUGGAGGAGGAGGCCGAGGAUCUGCCCUCUGCUUCUCAACUCGAACAUGUCAAGUCCUUCCAUAGACGGGCAAAGGCUCUCGAUGACUUGUGGGACUCCCUGGUGGUCAGAGGAGACACUUCGGUAGCGACGAGUGCUGUACCGUCGAUGCUCCCAACAACUUCCACAGCAGCUGGGGGUGAUUUUCCUCCAGCAGACGAAGGAGAUGAGGAGGAGGAGAUGUGCUUCCUGGACUCUUCGAGCUCGGAUCCAGAGCCCCAGGACGAUGCUGCUGCUGGGGGAGACCUUGUACCGACAGGGUUGAAGUUCCUCGAUGGAUACGAAAGGAGCUCGUCCGCAAACGAGAUUUCACGGAUGAUAUUGAAGUCGCCGCAAGGACAUGGUUGUAACCAAGUCUCAUGCGUUGUGAUCUCACAACGAGUGUUCGUGCCCGUCGACUCCUUCAUCGACUUCGUCUCAGACAACGUGGAGCCUUGCCGGAACGAACUGAUGGAGCUGAUCAAGACAAGUCGUUUUCUUGAAACUGUCAUCAUAAGCGGAGCUAGCACUGCCGUGAUUGCAGCUGAGAACUUGCACAAGGCACUAAAAGAUGUGAUUCAGGGGAUAUGGAAGAGAUUCGAGGAACACAGACAAGUGAUUCAGCUCAACGAGCACUGGGAUCGUUGUGCUUUGGAAAGAGAGCAGCUUAGUGUCGACGACGCUGUUGACACGUGUGAGAAGCCUAGCAGCAAUGACUCCUCGAUUGACCGCCUCCUCCUGAACAAGGGCUGUUUGAUUGAAAGUGAUAGCCACAGCCCAGAAAUAAGCUCGAGAGCUUCAGAGAUCAGCGUCCAAGAUGACGGGAGGACCCGAAGCUCCAAGUUGAGCAUCGAACAAGGACGACAUGACUCAGGCGUGAGCAUGCUGAGCGAUACCUGCGAGUCAGAGUCGGGGGAAGGGGGGCUGUUUCGGGGAAGGAGUUUCUUUCCUGUGGCUGGCGUAUGGAGUAGAGUGAGCACACUGGAGCAACGAGUAGAGGAGCAGCACGCGAGGAUCAGCAAGUUGGAACGGAAGGUCACGAGAGAAGCGCGAGAGAGCUCGGACAGUGUGGAGCAGGAUCCACUCCAGGAGAGGGCAGUGACGAGGAGACGAAGGGAACACUCCUUGACCUCUGAGACGCCAUGGCAAGGAGGAGAAGCUGGUAGCGCUACCGACCAGAGCCUGCUCCAGCACCAGUUGCAGGAACGUCAAGCCUUCCGACCAUCCUCUUACCUCUCGACCAGCAUGUCAAACGCUCUCCAUGCGUUACCACGGAGUAUCGGGGUUCCACAACCUGGGCUAUCAAGCCCGUCGGGGCAACGAGAGACGGGUUUCAGAUACUUCGGAUCUGGGAGAUUCUCGAUCUUCUUAGACGAGUUUGACCGCAGUUGA